GCAAAUGACUAAAGCGUGAUCCCACAGCCCAUGAGGCUGGACAGGACAGGACGUCCCCAGAUAUCUUUUGACACUCUUUUGUUUUCCUCCUUGGUUUGUGAAUGGUGGCUGGAAAGAAGGCAACAGAACUGUCACUGCUACCUGUGUCCUAUCCUGAGUCUUUGUCCCAGUGAAGACAAUUUUCACACCACUACAAAUGGACAGCACAGGCAUGAAAAGAGGAAUUGUGAUUAAAGAUGACUGGCCAGGAUACAGCCUGGACCUGUUCACCUACCCUGAACACUACCACGAAGACAUAGAGAGUGUCUACAUACCACAUGGUGUCAUCAUGAACAGGGUAGAGCGUCUGGCCGGCUACGUCAUGGAUGACUUUGGGGACAGCAUAAUGGUGCUGUGUGUCUUGAAGGGAGGCUACAAGUUCUGUGCAGACCUGGUGGAGUUCAUCAAGGUUCUCGGCCGCAACUCCAACAAGUACCUGGAGACCCGGGUGGAGUUUAUCCGUCUGAAGAGCUACCAGAAUGACCAAUCGACAGAGGAGCUGCACAUCAUAGGAAGCCGAGAUCUGUCUUUCCUACGUGGAAAGAGUGUGCUCAUUGUCGAGGCCAUAGUUGACACAGGAAAGACCAUGAAGGCCCUUCUGAAGCAUGUGGAGACCUUUGAACCCAAGAUGGUCAAGGUCGCAGGGCUGCUGGUGAAGAGGGUCCCUAACAUGGCUGAGAGUCUGACAGACUAUGUUGGAUUUGAAAUCCCCAACCGCUUCGUUGUCGGUUAUGCCUUGGAUUACAAUGAAUACUUCCGUGACCUGAAUCAUAUCUGUGUCAUCAGCAAGACUGGAAAGAUGAAGUACAAGGUUUGAGAAGUUAUGCACAGUUUUACAUUAGCAGCUAAAGUCUGCCUGACUGUAAAUUUGUAGACGAAUCCUAACU